CCAAUGAUUGGUACAAAUUUCGUGCCAUAGAAUUAAAAAAGAAUUUUCCAAUUGAAGAUAUUUUACCAAAAAGAGAAAUGGUCUGCGUUACACGAAUUUUGAAAAACCAAUCACUUAUCACAAAUGAACCAUUUUACGAUGCUAUAAUAAUAGGCGGUGGUAUUGCAGGUUCAUCUUUUGCAAUAAGGAUAUCCCAAUUAUUUGAUUCUUCAGAAUUAACAUUUAAAAAAAUUUUAAUUAUCGAAAAGAAAUCAAUAACUCAUAAUUCAUUUAAAGUUGGUGAAUCAUUACCUGCUGAGGCCAAGCCCGUACUUCAAUUGCUUGGGGUUCUUGAAAAAAUAAAUGAUGACACUAUUCAAGCAUCUCUUUUGCUACGGCAACAACUCUGUAUGGGUUCCAAUAAUCUAAAUGGCACAAAUUCCAUAUUCAAUCCAUAUGGAAAUGGAUUCCAUUUAGAUCGUUUAUUAUUUGAGGAAACUUUAUUGAAAACUAUAGAAUCACGAUAUGGACAUAUUGUCAAAGUUAUUCAUGGAUUUAAUGUUGCUAAUUUACGUUUUAAUUUUAAUGGUGAUUUCGCAGAAGAUAAAAAAUUUUGGGAAAUUACAAUCUCAAAAUUUGAUGCAAGUGGUCGCCGUUGUUGCAUUAGAAAAUAUAUACCAUCUCUAAAGCGUGAAUCAUUUGAUAAAUUAUUAGCUUUCGUCUGCUUAUUUAAAUCUGCCUAUUUAAACGGUUUGAAGGAUAAUGAUCAUAACACUCUGAUAGAAUCUUGCUGCUAUGGCUGGUUUCAAACAAGUCAACUACCCAACAAUCAACGUGUCAUUAUUUUCUUCACUGAUGACGAUUUGGUCAAACAACUUCCUCAGAGAAUAAAAGUGGUUGAUGAAUUCGUUGAUUUUUUGAGAGAGAACUCACAUAAUAUUAAUAAAAUUUUAAAAGAGUUUGACUAUACACCGAUUGAAAAUAGAGUUAUGUGUAUGGCUGCGAAUUCUGAAGUUCUUUCAGAAUUUGCAUCAACCAAAAAUCAGUGGAUUUCGAUUGGUGAUAGUGCAAUCUCAUUUGAUCCACUUUCAUCACAAGGAAUCCUAACAGCUCUGUAUAAUUCAAAGUUUGGUUCUGAUGUUACAUUUUUUCAAUUCUUUUAUGACAAAAGUUUAAAAGAAUCUGGAAAUAAGAGCAACGAAACUGAUAAUAAUAUUCAACCAUUUGACAUUUAUACACAAAAACUUACACAGAUGUUCAAUAACUACAAAGAAGAAAAAAUUAUUUUUAUAAUAAGGAGCAAAGAUGGACCAAUA